AUGAAUCAAACUUCGAGUGUUGAUUUCUUGAUCUUAAAAGAAAACUUGCUUCAAAUGUGGCUUCCAGUCAAAGGUGCGCAGACCGUCCCUGAAUUUUGCAGAUUGAAUUGGGAAAAAAUCGCAGUCUACAUGUUUCAGAUGAACAUCAUCCCUUUUACGUUCAAGAAUAAUCGGGGAGAGGAAUUUUGUAAACGUCAAGUUUUCAAAACAAGUUUUGAGAAUUAUUUUGAUGCUCAGCCACCAUUUCAACUCGGUGAAGCAAUACUCUCGGGAAGUUUCAGUGAGGGCCUUUUUCUUUAUAGUUCAGAAACACCAGAUAUGGACGUCAUGUGUGUGUUAAAGAAUAUCACGUUUUCAGAAGGAGAUCAGGAAGAUGGCAAUUUGCAGUUAAGAGAAGAUACGCCUUUUGUUUACGCAUUUGUCACAAACAAUGAAACACAACAUCUGUGGGCAUGUUUUUUUGACGAAGCAGAUAAACAAACAGGAAAAUAUCGAUUAUCUUCGAAAAAAUUGAAGGAAAAGCUUGGUGAAAACUACCAAAAAACAGGCAGAAUUUUCCGUAGUGACUGCAAUGAAAAGAUCGACGAGUUUUCGGAAGGUGCGGCUGUGACAAUCCGUAAGAUAAAACCUUCUAAUUCUAUAUCGUUUUUCCAGAGUUCUUCAGAAAUCGCAAAGGAAGUCUUAAGGCAUCCAAAACAUAAACGCUGUAAGAUUAAAAAAGAGUUAUCAGAGCAGAUGAGAGUUGACGCAUUAUACAAAAUAAUUCCCUCGUGUGACAUAGUUUUGUCUAUUUACUGCGAGGGAUGGCCAUUAUGUGCCCUAGAAUGGAUUACGCGAGAACGACUUUGGCCAGAUGUAUCUUUGGUGGAGGAAAUAACACAAAGAGGAUUUCACAUUAUCCCAAAGAGCUCAGCCGAUGGAGAUUUUCGUUUGUCUUUUUCUUGUGCUGAAACCAUGUUGAUUAAAACUCUCGCACCACUACAGCACAAAGUAAUGAGAGCUUUCAAAGCUGUAGCGAAAUAUUCUCAAAAUGCCUGGAAUCCAAAUCUGAAUGAGAUUAUAACAACAUAUCAUUUGAAAACCAUCGCGUUUUGGCAUUUUGAGAAAACCUCGCCAGAAUCUUGGAUUGAAGACAGUUUAGUUCACCAUCUUGUCACACUACUUGAAGAGUUGGCAGAAGCUUUGAGAAUUCAAAGUCUUCCAAUGUAUUUUAUGCCUAUGGUUAACCUCUUACAAGAUGUUGAUGAUCCUGAAGUCACAAUUAACUUAAUGGAAAAGAUUUCCUCACUUUCACACAAUUACUCUGCGAUGUCUGAAGCUGUAAACAACUUUAAAAGGAAUUUUUUUCAGUCAUUAUGA